ACCAGAUCCUAUAUAAAAGUUCUCCCACACCACGUUCCCUCAGUCCCGUUGACUCCUUUCCACUGGUUUGUGCCGUGGGACACGGGCUCCCAUCACACAGACCAUGGGAUCCCACCAGCAGAAGGGUGAUGGCCAAGGGAUGUCCCAGGAGUCCGGAGGGUGCCACGGCAGUGGCGGCUGCUGCUGCUGCUGCCACCAUGGAGGAGGUGGAGGAGGAGGAUGCUGCCACGGUGGAGGAGGAUACCAGAGCCAGGGAUCGUCCUGCCACGGAGGAGGAGGAGGCUGCUGCGGCGGUGGCGGUGGCAGCGGUGGCGGUGGUGGGAUCAUUUAUCAGACUCACAUGGCAUCAACCUCCUGUGGAGGUGGAGGAGGAGGAGGUGGAGGAGGAGGAGGAGGAGGCGGCCAGCAAAGCCAAGGAUCCAUCUGCAUUAUUGGAGGAGGAGGAGGAGGAGGAGGUGGUGGUGGUGGGCAACAAAGCCAAGGUCCCAUCAUUAUUGGAGGGGGUGGAGGUGGUGGAGGAAGUUCUGACCACCAGAGCCAUGUACCCAUCUGCAUUGGAGGGGGAGGAGGAGGUGGAGGUGGUGGUGGCCAGCAAAGUCAAGGUCCCAUCUGCAUAG